AGAGAUUGCCCGAUUGUGAUCCAGUCUUUGUGCACUUUCGACUGACAGCAGUGGUCCAACUUUUCGCUCCUGUUUCUCGCAAGUACAACAGACUCGUCUCGAUUACGGGGUGAAAAAAGUGAGAGUAGUUAUAUUGAUUGGAAGUUGAAAGCUGGGUGGAAGAUAAGAAGAAAAGAAACACGAUGAAAAGAUCAACGUACGGGCUUUUUUACUGAGACGAUAUAAAUCGAAGAUUCUUCGUCAUUCUGAUUUUUUUUUCCUUUCCACAAAGCUAUGAAGACGACAAACGAGCUGAGAAAGCGAAACUCUUGGGGCAGCGAAGAUGAUCAAGAUGAAGAUGAGCCUGAUCGUGGAACUUGGGCGAGCAAAACGGAGUUUUUGCUUUCGUGCGCAGGCUACGCCAUAGGGAUUGGAAACGUAUGGAGAUUUCCAUACUUGUGCUACAGAAAUGGAGGAGGGGCUUUUCUCGUUCCGUAUUUAUUGAUGCUGUUCCUCUGCGGGAUACCCUUAUUUUACAUGGAAUCGUCGAUAGGACAAUUCGGGGGUACGGGAUGCAUAACGAUGUUCAGAACGAGUCCAAUUUUCAAAGGAGCAGGUUUUGCAAUUGUCGUCGUGAAUCUGAUAUGUACGAUGUACUACAACGUGAUAAUAUCUUAUCCUCUGUUGUUCCUCGCGAUGUCCCUCAGGAAGAAGCUCCCCUGGGAAGACUGUGACAAUCACUGGAACACCAACAAGUGUCUGAAGCUAGGCGCAGACAUAUUUGGACACAAGAACGAAUCUGACCAAAUGGAACUUAUCGGAAGAACGAAGACACCGGCCGACGAGUUCUUCAACAAUCACAUACUGCAGAUAUCCGACGGGAUCGACAACAUCGGCGGCAUCGUUUGGCCCCUGUUCACUUGCAACCUCGUGUCCUGGUUUAUCGUUUUCCUCUGCAUAUGCAACGGUGUGAAGAGCGUAGGAAAGGUGGUUUACUUCACGGCGACGUUUCCUUUCGUCAUCUUGUUCGUGCUCUUGAUCAGAGGCGUCACUCUACCCGGCGCUUACGACGGUAUAACGUUCUACAUCAUGCCGAAGUGGUCGCAGCUGACGAAUCUUAAGGUCUGGGCCGAUGCCGCUCUCCAAAUAUUCUUCUCCCUCGGACCGGGAUGGGGUGGAAUCGUGAACAUGGCCAGCUAUAAUCCGUUCAAUAACAACAAUCGUCUGGACUCGAUCCUCGUCCCGAUCUUGAACUGUGGCACCAGCAUAUUCGCCGGCUUCGUCGUAUUCUCUGUUCUCGGAUUCAUGUCUCACCAGACUGGACUUCCUGUUUCAACUGUCGCCACCGGAGGACCAGGGUUGGCCUUCGUGACGUAUCCCGAAGCGAUCACGAUGUUACCGAUACCCCACCUGUGGGCGGUUCUAUUCUUCACGAUGUUGUACCUCCUGGGAAUGGACAGCUGCUUCGUUCAAAUCGAAGCAAUUAUAUCGAGCAUAACGGACGCGUAUCCGAAACUCAGAAGGCACAAACGGCUCGUCGCUUUCGUCUCUCUGUUCAUCCUGUUUCUCGGCUCGCUGGUAUUCGUCACGAACGGUGGAAUGUACAUCUUGCAACUACUGGACUGGUACGCCGCCUCCAUUUCCGUUAUACUCAUAUGCUUGGUUGAGACGAUAGUCGUUGGAUGGACCUACGGAUGCCAAAAUUUCGUUCGUGACGUUGAAUUCAUGACUGGUCAUAAAGUGCACCCAUGGUGGCCUCUGUGCUGGAAAUACUUGACGCCCAUCAUUUUAUCCUUCAUCUUCGUCACGACGAUAAUAUUCAACACCCGAAUCACCUACAACGGAAUCGCUUAUCCCGAAUGGGCCGUGGUGGUUGGAUGGUGUUCCUGCCUUUCGAGCAUCGUUUGUAUACCGGGAUACGCCAUCUUUCAUUUUUGCAAAACGAAGGGUGGCUGGAAAGAGAAGAUACAGCAGGGAACGAGUCCGACUCCAGAAUGGGGUCCACAGAAGCUCGAGGACCGGAUUGCCUGGGACGAGCUCAAGCGAAGAAAAGCAAAGAAAAAUAGUCACGUACCCACUGCUGCUUUGACAAACGGGAUUAAAGUCACCAGAGUUUGAUAUAGAGAUACCGAAGUUCAGAGAAAGGAAUUAUAUUUGUUGAUGAUGUCGAUUAUGAAAAAAAUAUUAAGUCAGGCCUUUUUUUAUAUUAAGGUUAACGUGCCGUUUGUGUAUAAUGUAUAAAAUAAUAUCACCGUAUUUUAUUAGGGACUAAAUGUAAUAAA